AUGGGUGAAGUCGGAGAAGAUUUUAGAGAGGGUGGUUCAAGUUUGGAGGGAGAUUUUUGUUUUUAUUUCUUUUUUGCCGAAGUGAGUCUGUGUGCGGUCGGGGAAGAGUUGGGAGGAGUAAGUAGGGAGAUUGUCUAUGCUUAUGAUGAGAUUGCAGGAAAGUUAGAUUGUCCUUCCAACAAUCCUAACAUCCAAGGCCUAGAAAAAGAAGAAAUAAAAGCUGCGAUAAAAGAAGGUGAAACUAAGCAAAAAGAAAUAAAAGAUGAAAUUAAAGAGUUAGAUAAGGAGCGAAAGGAAAUCCUUUCCGGUA